AUUGCUGAAAGCUAGUGAGCAAAAGCUUUUAUACGACAUGGAAGAGUCAAUGGACAUGCAUUCCAAACAAGACAGGAAGGAAUCAGUUCGGAGAACAAUCAUGGAGCACGAUAAGGUCUUCAGACAGCAGGUGCACGAAUUGCAUCGGUUAUAUCAUGUACAGAAAUCACUGAUGACUGGAUUAGGUUCUGAGAAUCAUAGUUUCCAAUCUAGAACAGAAGAAACUCAUGAAAUGGUGCAGGGAUCAAGGCCGGACCUCAAGAGUAGUCCUUCUACCUCAGAUACCAAUCAAUCUGCUCGCCUUGGUAAUGCACAACACUCAGCGCCCCAACAAGUACCUGAACAUUUGAGCCUUCAAGAAUGCAAGCCAGGAACCUGCCUAAGCCUCUUCAGUGAAGAAAAUGCAACAUUCGAAGAAGGAUUUCACACAGAAAGACCAGCAGGCAGCCAUAAAUCAGUAGAAGGUGAAAGUUGGAGUGCCUCUGUGGAGAGUGAUCUUGACCUCAAACUAAGCAUCAGCCCCAGUUCACAUGCAACAAAAACACCGCAUUGGCUAUUCUCAGGCAACAGGGAAUGA